CCCCUUUGCCAUGGCAAACAUGGCGGCCGGCCCACUGUGGCGGCGAUACCUAAGGUGGACCGUCGGCCGCGCCGCUGCGAGUUUACGGGAGGCUGAGUGGCACUUGUUCCGGCUCAGGUCCGCGUCCGGUGCCGCCACGUCUCCAGGGCGGGCGUCCUGCAAGCGGUGGCGGCCUGACGAGACGCAGCUUCCAUAUUUACAAUUAAACAAGAAGAUCCUCCAGAGGUCAACGUCCACGUCUUUAUCUCUCGCCAGACACAAGUAUCCGAGGUGUUCCUGUCGGACGAUUCACAGCGAUGCCAAACCCAAAGACCCCUUCACGCUCGCCCAGAAAGACUUGAAGAGUUUAUACGAUGACAUCAAAAAGGAGCUUUUUGUGUCCAAAGAAGAGCUCAAGUCUUUGUGCGAUUACUACUUUGACGGGAAGGGCAAAGCCAUUCGACCGAUGAUCGUGAUCCUGAUGGCGCGCGCCCUCAACAUACACAGCAACCGAGCGGGGGUGUUGCUCCCCGGCCAGCGCGCCGUGGCCAUGAUCUCGGAGAUGAUCCACACGGCCAGCCUGGUGCACGACGACGUCAUCGAUGGCUCGGACGAGCGGCGAGGGAAGCGGACCAUCAACCACAUGUGGGGCGAAAGGAAGGCCAUCUUGGUGGGAGACUUCAUCUUGUCGGCCGCCUCCAUGGCGCUGGCUCGCAUCGGUGACAUCGCUGUCGUCAAAGUGCUGGCGCAGGUCACAGAGGACCUCGUCAGAGUGUUUGUGUGUGGCACGCAGGCGAGUUCAUGCAGCUGGGCUCCAAGGAGAACGAGAGCGAGCGGUUCAAGCACUACUUGGACAAAACCUUCAAGAAGACGGCCAGCCUCAUCGCCAACAGUUGCAAAGCAGUAUGUGUCCAUUUUGGUCAGUUCAGACCCGGACGUUCAUGAGAUCGCGUUCCAGUACGGAAGGAACGUCGGCAUCGCCUUUCAGCUGGUGGACGACGUACUGGACUUCACGGCGGGCGCCAGCCAGCUGGGUAAACCGUCGGCCGCCGACCUCAAGUUGGGCUUGGCCACGGGACCCGUCUUGUUCGCCUGCCAGCAGUCAACGUAUUUGACAGUUUCCGGAGCUGCACGCCAUGAUCAUGAGACGCUUCAGCUCCAAAGGGGACGUCGACCGGGCCUGGCGCUACGUCAUACAGAGCGACGGCGUGCAGCAGACCAACUUCCUGGCGCGCCGUUACUGCCAGGAGGCCAUCCGACAUGUCAGCAGGCUACGACCGUCGGCCGAGAGGGACGCCCUCAUCGCGCUCACUCACAUGGUGCUCGCCCGGGACAAGUAACGUGUCCGCCACGGUGGAUUAACUUCGAAACUCCGCCAAUGACGUCUCUUUCUACCUCGACACAAAAAGCGAGUCGCGUCACACAAUUGACAGUUUAUUUGGUACCCUCAUAUACGGUGCUGUAAUUAUUCGGGACGCCACUAUUACCGGCUUACCUCACCAAUUGGCAAUUGCACGGAACCCCAGACAUGACAUUUGUAUUUGUGGCCACAAUAGAUAUAACGUGUGCAAAAAAAUAAUACAAUUCCAAAGUGUGACCACCAAACACUAAAUUGUUGCUACAAAUACCAUUUCGUAGCUACUUUCCUAAAUUGUGGCACGUGUAUCUUGCAUUGUGCACAAAAUCCUAAUUUGUAGAUUUAACAUAAUUCCCAUGCACAACUUGGACGUCUGGGUCAGCAAAUGGAGCGCACUCUUGCCAGAACCCUCUUCCUCUACCUUACCUUUCUAGAGAAAGUCCAGGAAUGAUAUUCGUGUAUUUAGUGCACACAUUACAUCUAUUUCAUGGCCACAAAUGUGUGUUGAUGGUUAUUUAAAUGCUCCGCAUGGAAUCAGUGAAAUUAUGGCUAAAGUAUGUCGCUACGUACUGCAACGGUAAUGCAAAUGUGUGUACUAUGUAGUCACUCCUUGCCCGGAUCCGUCCGCAAUUGAAAUCCUACAGAGUGCAACAAUGACGGCCUUAACAUCUGCAACCACUGCUCAAUAAACACAUUUAGUUUUUUUCUUUUUUUAAUUUCAAAA